UAAGGCGGGAGCGGGAGCAAGACCUAGGAGCGAAGCGUGCGGUGCCCCUGCCCAACCCAGUCCGCUCUAGCAUCCGACGCCAGGACUUCGCGCCCUCAGCUCCACCACCGAGCCCUUUCAUUUGCCAACUGCCGCCUGCAGGCAUGAGCCGCACGCGGGAGCCCAAGACUGCAGAGCGGUCAUGAGGCGGCGGCCCGGGAUUCACGGCUCCGCAACGCCAGCCCCCAAAUACGCUCUGGGCGCGGCACCUCCGGGAUGAGACCCCAGACGCAAGACCGCUGGAGCUGAGAUUGACUCCCAGUUCCUGAGAGCCUAAGCCGCUGGCACUGCGCCUCUGCAGCUUCUACACCUGCGCCCCUGACCAGACAGACGCCCAACAAGUCGAACUCCCCUUUCUUCCCAGGCUCUCCCGGACGCCGCGGACGCGCCAACAGCCGUGCCCAGCGAGCGGGCGGCCCAGCAAGUGUCAAGACCCUUCGGGAGCCACACUUUGUCACUCUUCCCUUCCCCAGACUGCUUCAGGCAGGGACACCUGAGUUGUCCGGCGCCCCCUCCGUUUUCCAUCACUGCAACUCCAGCUCCACUUUGCCAAUAAAGGUUUCUAAACCAGCCCCAAGCCUCCGUGCGCACAAGGACUCUACCCGCGCCCGCCACAGCGACCUCGGCAGCGGGCACUCACUACAGCCCGGCAGGCGGACGCAGACGCCAGGGCUCCCCGGCUACCUCCAAACAGUGACAACCCCGGCGUGCCUGGGGCCCCCUCUGGAACCAGCCAUCCCAAGACUCUGUGUGCGGGGCGGCGCGGCAGGCGGCCCCGAGGAGCGCGGAGAGGAGUGGAAGCCGCUUGCUGCGUGAGUGGCUCCGGGCGGCGAGGGCGGGGGAGCCAAGCGUGGAGGUAACUCCCGGCCGCAGUUGAAGCCCUCCUCCUCCUCCUUCUCCUCCUCCUCCUCCUCCCCGCGCUCCUCUGGCGGCCGCUCCCGCCCCAGCUGCGGCGCCGCGGCCACAUCUGGGGCGCCCAUGUGCGCUCGGGGGCUCGGCUGCGCCCGCCCCGCCGCCGACCCCGCAGCCCCCUGCCCGCAGUGUGGCCUCCGGCCUGGCCCGGGUCCCGGACAGCCCCGGGACCCCGUCCCCGCCGCCGCCGCCGCCGGGCAGCGCCGGGGUUUGCUCCGCUGCCGACUUGGACACCCCCGGCCUCGCGGUGGCUCCGCCGUGGUGCGGCGGCGACGGCGGCGGCGGCUCCUGCUCCCCAGGCCCCGAGCGCCCCGCCGCGCCAGGCGCCAGCCCCGCGGGCCCGGGAAGCGGGGCCCCGGCUGGGGCCGAGGCGGGCGCAGCGCUGCCGGGCUCCCGGGCUCCUACUCCUCCCGCGGCGCCACCGCCCGCCGCGCCGGGUCCUAAAGUCGCGCGUCUCAAGAGGAUGGUGCGCCUGGCGGCCGAGUUGCUGCUGCUGUUGGGGCUGCUGCUACUCACGCUGCACAUCACGGUGCUGCGCGGCUCGGGAGCCGCCGACGGGUCUGAAGCGGCCACGGGCAACGCGAGCGGAGCUCAGCUGCAGAAUAAUCUCAACGUGGGAAGUGACACCACAUCAGAAACCAGCUUUUCUCUCUCCAAAGAUGCACCAGGGGAGCAUCUGGAUCGCCAGGCUGCACACCAGCCCUUCCCCAGACCACGAUUCCGACAAGAGACUGGGCACCCUUCAUUGCAAAGAGAUGGCCCCAGAUCCUUUCUCCUCGAUCUACCAAACUUUCCAGAUCUUUCCAAAGCUGAUAUUAAUGGGCAGAAUCCAAAUAUCCAGGUCACCAUAGAGGUGGUCGACGGUCCUGACUCCGAAGCAGAUAAAGAUCAGCAUCCGGAGAAUAAGCCCAGCUGGUCAGUCCCAUCCCCCGACUGGCGGGCCUGGUGGCAGAGGUCCCUGUCAUUGGCCAGGGCAAACAGCGGGGACCAGGACUACAAGUAUGACAGUACCUCAGACGACGGCAACUUCCUCAACACCCCCAGGGGGUGGGACCAUACGGCCCCAGGCCACCGGACUUUUGAAACCAAAGAGCAACCAGAAUAUGAUUCCACAGAUGGUGAGGGUGACUGGAGUCUCUGGUCUGUCUGCAGCGUCACCUGUGGGAAUGGCAACCAGAAACGGACCCGGUCUUGUGGCUACGCAUGUACCGCGACAGAAUCAAGAACCUGUGACCGUCCAAACUGCCCAGGAAUUGAAGACACUUUUAGGACAGCUGCCACUGAAGUGAGUCUGCUUGCGGGAAGUGAGGAGUUUAAUGCCACCAGACUGUUUGAAGUUGACACGGACAGCUGUGAGCGCUGGAUGAGCUGCAAAAGCGAUUUCUUAAAGAAGUACAUGCACAAGGUGAUGAAUGACCUGCCCAGCUGCCCCUGCUCCUACCCCACUGAGGUAGCCUACAGCGCGGCCAACGUCUUCGACCGCAUCAAGCGCAAGGACUUCCGAUGGAAGGAUGCCAGCGGUCCCAAGGAGAAGCUGGAGAUCUACAAGCCCACGGCCCGGUACUGCAUCCGCUCCAUGCUGUCCCUGGAGAGCACCACGCUGGCGGCGCAGCACUGCUGCUACGGUGACGACAUGCAGCUCAUCACCAGGGGCAAGGGGGCAGGCACGCCCAACCUCAUCAGCACCGAGUUCUCCGCGGAGCUCCACUACAAGGUGGACGUCCUGCCCUGGAUUAUCUGCAAGGGCGACUGGAGCAGAUAUAAUGAGGCCCGGCCUCCCAACAACGGACACAAGUGCACAGAGAGCCCUUCGGAUGAGGACUACAUCAGGCAGUUCCAAGAGGCCAGGGAGUAUUAAACAGACGGAUGAGAUGGAGGACGCCGCCUCUGGUUCUGGAGCACACACGAGCUGCGCUGACCUGCUGUCAGGCGCCGAGACCGUCUUAGCCGCGGUCGUGUGUAUUUGUAUAUACCACAUGGGUAUUUCCCAUACAUUGCGCUAGGGGCGUGCGCCACGCCCGGGGGACUGCCCAGGGAAGCCGCCCUCGCCGCCGUCUGCAGAGCUCCUUGGAAGUGCGCCUGGGGAGCGAUGUGGGCAGGAGGAUGGGGACAACUCGGAAGCCAGAAGAACCUGGAAGCCACAGUGGGUGCGACUCAAUUCACACCCGGAUCCAGAGUGUCCAAGAGAGGCGAAGGGGGAUAGAGACUGAGUUUGUAAACGUUAUAAGCAGUUUUUAUAUAUAACUUAUUUAAUACAAAUGUGACUUAAGCGUAACCUUUUCUCUGGAGUUGUGAAACUAAUCACUUCUGUGAGAGAUCAGAGAGAAAGAGACUUAGGGAAGUGGAAGAGAAAGGGAAUUUUGCAAUGAUUUCUUUAAAACAUAACGCAACGGAAAUAUAUCAAAACACGUAUGCGUCCACCUUAAACCAAAUGUUGUUUAGUCAUGAGGCACCUUGCUGGAGUCUCAGAUUCUAAAACACUCUUGCCUCAGACUGAGUAGGGAAUAUGGUAUUUUAGGGACAACGCCGAGGAUUGGUUUUAAGUAGGCUUUAAAAUAAAGGAUCAAUAUUACCAUAAUACUGUCAUUCUACUAAACGGCCCCAAAAUGGUAGAAUUUCCGCUCAUGUCUUAGCAGAUUCAGAAGACUGCAGCAAGUUCCGACAUAAAAACAGGAAGUAGUACUUUUCCAAGGAAAAACAGCAAAACAAAUAGGAAAAAGACCGGACCUCAUUUCACCUAUUUAAAUACUAUUUUAACAAUUUUUUUCUCCACCAAUAUAUUCCCAGUAAAUAAAUAUAAAAAAAGGUGGCGGGGGGUGGGGGUCAAGUCUGGGAAAUCUUAAUUUUUUUUAUAUUUUAAGCAAAGAACAAAACUGCAUUAUUUUUGUAAUGUAUUUAUUGAGUCACUGAUUAUUGUGCAUCAAGCAAUUGUUAAUAUGACCUGGUCCUAUAGGGUGGAACUUAGGAAAAAUAAAGUUGGUUCUUACUCAGUAUUUUACUUUGCAAAACUCCAAGAAAAGAGAGUAUAUAAUAAAAUCAUGAUAAAAUGUG